GGUUGAGUGAGUGUGUGUUAAAGUGGGAGGGGGGACUGAAAAGCAACAUCCUUUUAAAACACUUUGUCCUGUUUAGACUUCAUCAGACGUUACCUCAUGGGCGGCCAGGGCACGAGUUUGAGAGCAGCAGCUGAAGAUCUGUACGGAGCUACAUGAUGGAGUUUUGGUCUGAAAAUCAGAGACAGUCACACGGUUACUCCAGAUUUGGUACAGUUCCUGGUAGAAACUGUGCACACAACUAUCACGACCGACACCAGUUAUCUCACUAUCCGUUGAACUUUGGAGAGGAGCAGGAACAGCAAAGACAGUCCGAUGACUGGACUCUUCACGGAUCAAGACCUGCUCUAAAUGAGUACCCCGACUGGACGAACUCCUCCACUUCUUCCUAUCACUUCCCUGUUAUUCUGGACACUCGACGUCACCAGGAUCAAGGGGCAUAUCGGCACCAUGAAGCCAGCGACAGGGAGUGGAUGACGUCUCAGAGAGCUGCGAGGGACCACGAGAGAGGGUUUCUGAGGGAGGCGUGGCAGCAGAGGAGAUGGGAGUCCAGUAAUCCUCUCAGUUACGAGCGAGAUGCAUCUGCCAGAAGWAACGUCAGCAACUAUCGAGAGCUGGAGGCCUGGGCAGCUCGGUACAGUCACUCCCUGCCAAGGAGGCGGCGGGUAGAGGAAAGCUCUCAGGGGCUGGUAGACCCUCAAACGCAACAUGUUCAAAUAAAUCCAAAUAGAAUAUCCGGACUGUGGGACAGAGGACCAAGACUGCAAGCUCCAGCCUAUAAUACAAGCUUCACAAAGGAAAACACCACCWACCAAAGAAGAGCCUUUAGCCAACCUCCUGGAUAUGUUGCUCCUCCUUCCUAUAAGAACCCACAUCAAACUUCACCAGUAAAAUCUUUCUGUAACACCAGCACAGAGCAGUUUGGUAAGAAACAAACCUACUGGUCCAGAAAGCAGGAUGUCUCAGCAGAGCUGGAUGAUCAGCAAACGGAGAAAGAGGAAUUCAGAAAGUCAGAUGGAAGUAAAGCCUGCCCAGAACUCACAAAUCAGAAAGGAGAUGCUUUACAAGCAGCCAGUCCCAUAAAAACACAGAAAUCAUACAUAGAAAACCAAGACACGCUGGCUCUACAUCAUCAACAAUCAUUUCAGAGUUCAAACUCAAAGGUCAUUGAAGGAAGGAAAUUCAGGCUGAACAAAAAGGCAGGCGGCAUGACCAUUUUCUGCCUCGUGUCUCGAAUAGCCAACGCCUCUGAAAUGUCGUCUUUACCGGUCUGCACCUCCCAAACCAACAUUCAGAGAACAGACCAGGAAGAGGUUUCCACCGACCUAAAGAGCGGAUGUGAGUUCAACCAGCUUGCAGAUGAAGUAGACUUCAAUGCAUCGACAUCCACAGCACAGCUGAGGCCUGACGUUAGAUGUCUUACAGCCACACAAACAGGAAAGAAGUCGCUUGAAGAUGAGCCAACCAACAAAUCAGAGGCGAAUGUUGUUUCCUUGGAAAGUGUUGCUGCAGAUAACGACACUACGUUUUAUAGACAAGAGAGUCAGUCGGUGCAGCCUGCAGUCAAAUAUCCUUUAUGGAGGAAGCCUAGUUUCACAACCUCACCUCCUCAGAAGAAUCUGGAUGAAGAAUCGGAUAACGUUCUAAACUUUCACAGAGCUGGUAAUGUACGUAAUAAUCCAACGAUCGAAGAAACAAGUAAAACAGGCACUGAGGACAGAAAAGGUCUGAUGGUCAUAGACACAAGCUGCRUUGUCGUCAAAGUGGAAAUGAUUCCAUCGCCCAGGAAAGAGCGCGUUCAGUAUUCAUUCACCUCCACGGACACCGAAACCAACGAACCAACAUUUGUUCCCCGUCAAUUAAAUGAACACUUAGAUCAAAAUACACCAGAAGAUCAAAAUAAAGAUGUAACCCAUUCACAGGAAAACACAAGUCAUGAAACAGAUGCUUCUUUCUCCAGAGUGCAGCCAGAAGAUUUGGGGAAGCGUGCAAAAAGAAUCCUCGGGAUCCCGAUACAGGACAGCGUCAUCGAAGAGCGAGCCGAUGAAGGUUCGGUCUUUGAGUCGCAUGUUAAAGAGCAGAACGAGGAGACUGAACCGUCUCCUUCUGAACUAACUCCAGAGGACACCGUAGAGGAGGGAGAGGUUGUCCAAGACCAGGGACCAGAGUAUUUCAAAGACAGUGAAGACAGAAAUCAAGCAGAAAAUGAAGCUAGUGAAGGUUUUACAGAAUCUCAGGAGGAAUUUGCAGAUUUGUUCAAAAACAACAAUCCAGACCAUACUUUAGCAGAAACUGACACCACAAGUGAAGAGGACCAAAAUCAAGUUAACAAUGAAUCUACACAACUUCCUGGCUUCAUUAAUUCCACUUCUCCUUGUGAACCUUCAUUGUUUUGGAAUACAUCAGAAGAAGCUUCUCUUUCCAACACAUCGCCUUUAUCUUGGCCUAAACUGUCAUCUCCUCCUCCUCCUCUUCCUGAAUUUCCAGACUCUUCCUCGAAUUCCCCUCCCUGUGAAGACCAUCUCCCAAUCCCUCCUCCUCUUGAAGAAAUAGUUCUAACUGCGGAUGAAGCUUCUGUUGCCGAGCACAAGGAGGAAGAGGAAGAAACGCCUCAUCUACCAGAGAGUCGGGUUAAAGGUGAGUCCGCUGCCUCAGAUGUGAAAGAAGAGGAGUCACAGCAACAAGCUAGAUGUCAUGAUGCUGCUUCUGAAGAGCAACAAACAGAAGAGAAUGAUAAAGAACCAGAAAACAGCUUGAGGGAAACAGUUCAUGCAUCCAAAUCUAAUGACCUCCAACAGCUUGAACGUUCCCAAACUGAAGGUGCUGGUCGUGUGAAGGAGACUAACUGGAUCAAGCAGCAGUUUCUUCAAGAAACCAACAAGGGUCCUGAUGAUGCUGAAGUGCAAACACCCGAAACGGUUGAAGAAAGUCAAGAAUAUACAAGCAAUGAUCUGAUAGAUGUCAACUUAUUCCAACAGUUUGAUCCUUUUCAAGAGAAAACUGAUUUCUGCAGAAAGGACACCAGUGAGGCUCAACAGGAGUUCCAAACAAGUCCAGGUCUUACUGCAGGUCUGAGGCAACAGAGCGCUACAGACACUCAGAUAAAUACAGACAUUUCCCAACACGAAUCCUUUGACUCCUCUUGUUUGUUGACCUCAGACUCUCCUCUUCCUCCUGRCACAGACACAGACUUUGCUCCUUUUUUGGAAAUGGACUCAGUUGGUUCUUCACCUGCAAAUUUUGACUCAGCUGCUGCAAUGGAAGCUGAUUUUCCUCCUUUUAGUCUGGACUCUUGUGAAGAAUCCAACCAGUUCUCAUCUCUCUCUACCUCACCCCCUGUUCUGCCUCUCAGCUCUCCUCCUCCUGAGGACCAUUCUCCUCCUCACGUUUCUCCAUCUCCUCCUCACAAACAGGAAGCCCCAUACCCACAGACUCUUUGGGAUGUGGUCAAUCGCAUCAGGAAGCACACGGCCCCCGACUCUGAGAGCGAAGAGGAGGAGGUGAACGAGCCGUGGGACCCAGAGAGCGUUGGUGAUAGCUUCAGCUGUCCAGAUGUGGCGGAGGAGCUAGAGUCUGAGGAGGUCGAGUCUGAGGAGCUAGAGUCUGAGGAGGUGGGGUCUGAGGACAUUCUCUUGGAAGAAACAGAGGAACGUGGGGUUUUAGAGGAAAUUGAGAUUGGGCGUGUGAAGCAGGACGAUGAAGAGACGCUGUCCUGCAGCAGCAGCCUCGUCUCUGAAGACACUGUUGUCGUAGCUGAGGAGGAAACAAGACUCACCACCAAGACGGAGGAGAAGAGCGAGGGGUUUGACAAAACUGAAGGCGAGAUAAGCUGCUCUAGUGACAACGAAACCACAUCUGAGGACAAGGAAGAGGCAGCAGAGACAAAUAAAUCUGAUCGAAGUGAAGAGUGUCCAGUGGAGGUGAUAUAGACAGAUUCCUUCUGACCAUGAUUUGUAUCUAAUGUUAAAGGUUUAAAAUCUGUAACAUUAUAUCUGUGGUAUUUAUAACAAAUAAAUCACUUGCAGAACUAC